AAAGACAAAGUCAAAUUUGGGAAAUCCAUACCCAAAACCAAAGCUUCUAUCUUGCCUUUUGCCUCCACAGAUAAUAAUCCAAAACCUUAUAAUCCCCUUAAAACUCUUAUAAUAUAUAGUAUUUUUUUUUUCUUCUCUGUUUAAUCAUACACAAAAGUAGGUCAACACAAAAGUCAACUGGUUGGCAUACCCAUAUUUAUUGUCAUAUUGAGCUCUAGGAUACUUGGUAAUACUGUUGUUAAUUUCAAGAAUUUGGGAUUAUCCAAAUAAUUGAUGUUAAUUACUAAGGGAAGCCUCUAAGGACAGACUUGCUUUUUAUGGAUAACUUAUGUUGCUUCAGUUCUGGCAACUCUCAGCUUGCAGGACGGUCAUCAGGUGGCAAAGGAAGAAGCCAACAAGGGCCUGCCAAGUAUGGGUUCUGCCUGGUUAAGGGGAAAGCAAGUCAUCCAAUGGAGGAUUAUCACGUUGCUAAAUUCAUGCAGUUACGCAAAGGGGAACUAGGACUUUUUGCUAUUUAUGAUGGGCAUUCGGGAGAUAAUGUGGCUGCCUAUUUACAGAAGCAUUUGUUCUCCAAUAUCUUAAAGGAGGAGGAUUUUUGGACCGACCCUCAUAGCUCAAUCUUACAAGCUUAUGAGAGAACAGAUCAGGCUAUUCUUUCACAUAAUCCUGAUCUUGGACAAGGAGGGUCAACUGCAGUGACUGCAAUACUUAUAAAUGGGCGAAAGCUAUGGGUAGCAAAUGUUGGAGAUUCCAGAGCAGUGCUUUCGAGGAGGGGGCAGGCGAUACAGAUGAGUAUUGAUCAUGAACCACAUACCGAGCGGGGAAGCAUUGAGAACAAAGGUGGCUUUGUCACAAAAAUGCCAGGAGAUUGUUCUAGAGUGAAUGGUCAACUGGCUGUAUCUCGUGCUUUCGGAGACAAGAACCUGAAAUCUCACCUGCGCUCUGAUCCUGAUGUAAGAGCCGUCGAUGUUGAUGGAGAUACAGAUCUUCUCAUCCUUGCAAGUGAUGGUCUAUGGAAGGUAAUGUCUAAUCAAGAGGCAGUUGACAUCGCAAAGAAGGUUAAGGACCCACAGAAAGCAGCCAAGCAAUUAGCCAUCGAAGCGUUAAACAGAGAAAGUAAAGAUGAUAUCUCAUGCAUCGUUGUCCGAUUUAAGGUGUAAGUCCAUGACAAGUAUAUCCCAGUGUGCAGAAGUGAAAACUCUAUAGUUAAUAGACGGAUAUUUGUAAGAUGAGAUGCAACUCCUAGAUUCAUAGUAUUUAUAAAUGCACCAUCCUCCUCCCCUUAUUUGUAAUUUUCAAGUUCUUCAUUCGGGUUGUGUGGUAAUUAUCUGUUGAUUUUUUCUACUCGUAGAUUCUGAGGGUUGAAUUUUCUGUGUAAUUUGCAUAAAUACUUGCUUUUGGUAGCAAAAUAUUUCUUGGUGUAAUCAUGAAAAUGGUCAAUGGCAAACCAUAUAUAUGCUGA